AUUUUUAGCGAUAUUUUUCUAAAAUAUGUUUUAGUUUUUAAUUUAUUAAUGAUUUAAAUAUUGCUAUAAAUAGCGUAUGAAUUGAUAAAUAAGUUAGAAAUGAAAAUAUUUGAGACAUUAGUUGUUGUCUAGCAUUUGAUUUGACGCAAGAGAUUAAAGAAAUAACAUUUGGUCUAUCGUUAGGAAACUCGCGGACAUCCACUCAAAGACAUGUCUAAUAGUGAUAAUCAAAACGCUAUCACAUCCGAAGAGGAAGAAUUGAAUUCAAGCCAAAAACCCAAUUAUGGAGUGAUUAAUGAGACAAAUGAUGGCAACUCUGCCAAAACUGAAGACAUUGACACCUAUUUUAUGGCAACAGUUGCCGUUCCCGAUACUCCUUCGUAUUCAUUCAGUUGGCGAAAGUUGUGGGCAUUUACGGGACCGGGAUUUCUGAUGAGUAUCGCAUAUCUGGAUCCGGGAAACAUUCAAUCGGAUCUUCAGUCGGGAACUAUAGCUCAAUACAAACUCCUUUGGGUCCUCAUGUGGUCCACAGUAUUAGGCCUUUUAAUGCAGAGAUUGGCCGCGCGUUUGGGUGUUGUGACGGGUUUGCAUUUGGCUGAACUCUGUUACAGACGCUAUCAUAAAAUGCCACGACUUUUCCUCUGGGUUAUGAUUGAGAUCGCAAUUAUUGGUUCCGAUAUGCAAGAAGUUAUUGGAACCGCUAUAUCUCUAUACCUAUUAUCUAAUCGAGUGAUACCUUUAUGGGCCGGAGUUUUAAUAACAAUUUUAGACACCUUUACCUUCUUAUUGCUCGACAAAUACGGAUUGAGAAAAUUGGAGGCAUUUUUCGGAUUCCUUAUCACAUCGAUGGCCAUCACUUUUGGUUACGAAUACUUCAAAGUACAGCCCAAUGAGUUGCAAGUGUUGGAAGGGCUGGCACUUCCGUUUUGUAAGGAUUGCGGUUCCGAUGAGUUGAUGCAAGCGGUCGGUAUCAUUGGCGCCAUAAUAAUGCCACACAAUCUGUAUCUACACUCAGCGCUCGUUAAAUCACGUAAAGUGAACCGUAAUAACAAAGAAGAGGUGCGCGACGCCAACCGAUACGUGUUCAUCGAGUCGGCGAUCGCUCUAUUCGUGUCUCUACUCAUUAAUAUAGCGGUGACGGCUGUAUUCGCGCACGGAUUGUACCAAAAAACAAACGCCGACGUCUACGAGACGUGUCUGAGGGCUAACAUCAGCCAAAGCGACACAUUUCCCAACGACAACCAAACAGUGGACGCGAAUCUAUAUAAAGCGGGAGUGUUUCUCGGCUGUACGUUCGGCAUCGAAGCGCUAUAUAUUUGGGCCAUCGGUAUCUUCGCCGCGGGACAGUCGUCGACAAUGACGGGCACAUAUUCUGGUCAGUUCGCGAUGGAGGGCUUUCUGGAUCUGCAUUGGCCGCGUUGGAAGCGGGUUCUGUUCACCCGAACCAUUGCCAUUGUGCCCACACUUUUGAUCACGUAUUUCCAAAAUCUAAACAAUUUAAGCGAAAUGAAUGAUUUGCUGAACGCUCUGAUGAGCCUUCAGUUGCCUUUCGCUUUACUACCGGCGCUCACAUUCACGUCAUCGCCUAAAGUGAUGGGAGAUUUCGUCAAUGGAUUCGGCAAUAAAGUGUUGGCUUCUGUCCUCUCUGUUGUUGUCAUUGCAGUCAACCUAUACUUUGUGUUGAAUUAUGUGAGCCAACACUUCGCUAGCAAUGUCUGGGUAUUCAUCGGAACCGGACUUUUCUUCAUAUAUUAUAUACUUUUCUUAAUAUAUUUGAGCGGUUGCCUAUUAGUUGUGUUGGGUUUAACACAAUUGACUAAAACGCCGAGAAUUGGUAAGUAUUUCGAGGAAAUAGAUUACAAAGAAUGCAAUUAUGAAAGUAUUGACAAUCCAUCGGAUGAUACGAGAAGUGCAUCGACUAUAGCAGCCGUUCCCUCCAAUUCCCUCAUUAGUUGAGAGGCAAUGACUGAAAACUUACAAUCGUGUCUGUGAUCCAAAGUUACUGCGAUUAUUGUUAAUUAUUGAAAAUAUUUAUAACUUUUUAAACCAAAUUCCAAUCAUUGGAAAACAUCAAUCAAUUUAAUAAAGCAUUUUUAAAGUUUUCAUAGUUUUU